CCAAGAGUCUUCAGUCUUCCCAAGAUUUUCACGAAUUUUCAACCAUCUCGUUCUAUUUUAGGACGUAUGAGUGAUAAGAGAUUUCCAAUUAUCCGUUAAUUCCCAUAAGUAAUGAAUGUCAUAGAAUAAAUGAUGUUAGUGUGAAGAUAGUUCUAUGAAUAGUGUAGAGGUUCGAGUACGGGGCUUUGUCGCUAGCGCUCAAUAAUAUGCUAUGGAAAUGCAAGAGUUGGAAGGGACGAUGGCUGUGUGUGCUGCUGAUGGUGAUAGUGCUACCGAUAUUAGUUGCACAAAAGAUCGGUGACCCUUAUAAGAUUCUCGGCAUUCAUCGAAGGGCAAGUCUUCCUGAGAUACGCAAAGCGUACAGGCAAUUAGCUAAAGAAUGGCAUCCUGAUAAAAAUGAAGAUCCAAAUGCUGAGUCUCGAUUUGUUGAGAUUAAGCAAGCAUAUGAGCUGCUAUCAGACACAGAAAGACGACAGGCUUACGACUUGUACGGGAUAACCAACGAAGAUGACCACAUGUACAAACAGAGACAUGAUUAUAGUCAAUAUGCUAGAUUUAGCAAUGACCCAUUCGACUAUUUCAGCACACACUUCAGAACCCAGGACCAAGACAUAACCUUGUUCCACAAGUUGUCUAUUACAGCAAGGCAUUUCGAAAACAAUAUCUUAGAGAAGAGUGUUCACACACCUGCACUUGUUUUAUUCUAUACUGACUGGUGCUUUGACUGUGUUCGGUCAGCGACUGCUUGGAGACGACUUGUUGAAGCACUACAGCCGUUAGGGGUCACUCUAGCCACUGUCCAUGCGGGUCACGAAGCUAACUUGGCCAGGCGGAUAGGUGUCCACGGAGUCCCAUGUCUAACUUUGAUACUUGACAAACAAGUGUACAUAUAUAAGGAAAGCUUGUCUUCGUUGCCUAAGAUAUUGGAUUUCAUUCGUUGGAAAUUCCCAUACAAACAGAUAAGUCACCUGACCGAUCGAAACGUGGACAUGUUCGUGAGCGACUUUGAAGACAACAAGGUGAAGGCUCUGAUAUUCGAGGAGCGGCAAGUCAUCCGCCUCCGAUACUUGAUCACCGCUUUCCAUUACCGUGAUCGUGUUUCAUUCGCUUUCGUGGAUAUAUCCGCCCAAAAUACCCAAAAAGUCAAAGCCCGGUACAAGAUCCAGCGCAGCAUGGACACUAUGGUGCUGCUCAAGGAGGACAGCGAGGAGCCCGCCGCCACCGUCAGCACCACCGAGAUCCCCUCGCAGACGCUGCGACAGCUGAUAGAGGCCAAUCAGAUGCUCACCCUGCCGAGAUUAUCUUCCCAGAGCGUGCUGGACGCGGUGUGCCCGGUGGAGUGGCGCGCGGCGCGGCGGCGGCUGUGCGGCGUGCUGGUGUGCGGCGCGCGCGCGCCCGCCGCGCUGGCGCCGCUGCGCGCGCUGGCCCGCCGCGCGCCCGAGCGCCUCAACUACGCCUACGUGUACGCGCACGCGCAGCCAGACUUCGUCGGCGCGCUCGCCAACGGCUCCGGCAUCGACAUAUCAUCACUCGAACAUCGUAUCGUGGUGAUCUGGCGUCGCGAGGCGACUCGCAUCCAGUACGAGUGGCUCAACGAGACGUGGCCCACGUGCAGCCAGUGUCGACCCGACGAGCUGGAGGAGGGCGCCGCCCGGGGGGAGGAGGCCGUGAGAUACCACGAGAGACUGAACGAGACGAAGAGGGCCCUGGAGCAGCUCGUGAAGAGACUGCUCAAACCCAAUGAGGUGGUGGCGUAUGAAACUCGCGUUAAGGAACUGGUGGACGAAGCGGUGAAGGGCCCGCUGUGGCGCGCCGUGUGGCGCCUGUGCGAGUGGGCCGAGCGAGCGCUGUCGGCGCUGCGCACGCAGCACGCGCUGUCCGCGCUGUCCGUGCUGGCCACCGUGGCGCUCGUGCUGGCCGCCGGCUACUUCAUGGCCUACCUCAUACGAGUAGAAGAGGAAUCGGUCCAACGCCAGAAAGAGGAAAGGCGUCGGCAGAACGGCACGAAACGAAACAACAAUGAGCAGCAGCCUGAGAUGCGAUUGCACGAGCUACGAGCCGAGAAGUAUAACGGACUAGUCAGGUUGCUUAAGCCAGGUUGUCGGACUAUUGUCCUGCUGGUCGACGGGCAGAGCCGAGUGCAGCUGUUGUCUAAAUUCCACAAGAUCGUUUGGCCUUAUCGAAAGAACAAGACGCUGCUGUUCGCGUACCUGUGCGUGGACCGGCACGUGGAGUGGUUCCGGCGCGUGCUGCAGCUGUCGCUGGGCGGCGGGGAGCUGCGCGUCAACGCGCGCAACUGCGUCGGCACCGUGCUGGCGCUCAACCCGCACCGCAAGUACUUCUGCAUCUACCACGCCAAGCACCCCGAGUGUGCCAAGCCGCACAAGCGCAUGAGCCGCAUGACGGUGUCGCUGGGCGGGCGCGCCGCGGACCCGGAGGCGGGCGCCUUCAUCGGGUUCACCACCGACCCGGACUCCUCCGACGACGACCGCUACGACCCACCGUUGUUGCUGCAAGAAAACCUUUUGGAUGGUCUCGGAAAUUGGCUGGACCGCCUGUUCGAAGGGAGCACCCACCGAUACUACGUCAACUACUGGCCAGAUAUGACGACCAAGUGAAUUUAUACAUAAAAACUCCUUGGUUACCCCAGAGCCUCAUUUAUGGGCUUAAUUUUUUUUUUGUUACAAUGAUGAGUUGGCUGUUUAUGUUUAAAGGAAACGGAGGUACCUUUACAGCCUUUUUUGUCUGUAAUCAAAUAUACUGCCCAGAUAUAAUAAGAUUUUUCGACCACUUAUAUGGUAGGAUGAUGUUUAGACAUUCAUGAGUAUAUUGAUGUUGAUAUUAUCUAUGAUAUACCAUAGAGCUAUUUAUUUAUUUUUAAAGUUAACUUGCAAGACACAAAGUAGUUACAUUUAAAUUAACAGGUGAGAUAAUUAAACUAUUAAUUUAUCUGGCAUGAAAAUCAAUGAAUACUAACUAUACUCAUUUUUAUUAUUCAUAUAUUAUUUUACUUAAACAUGAUAUAUUAAAUAACCAAAGAAGUAAAUCAUUCAGUUUUUAAAAUUUAAAUUUAAUCUAUAAUUUAAUUAGCUCACUACAAAUAAAAAUAUUGCUAUCUCUUUCACUUAAGGGUUAAAGAUAAUGUAAGUAUUAUAUUUGUUUUUAUUCGUCACCAAUGUAAUAUAUAACCUCAAUAUACAAUGAAUGUUAAUAGUGUGGGUUAUGGUGCCCGUCUCUUAAAUAGUUACUGAUAGUAUCACGUUAGAGGCACAGUCUGAUAGAGAUAUAUUAUAAGUAAUAUCGUCACUUGAUCUGCGAUACAAAUUGUUUAUGAUUUAUUUGAAAGAACUCUUUAUUUUUUUUUUUAAUAUAUUUUCUUCGGUCUUUGCGAUUUUAAAGUAUUAAAUAAAAUUAUUUCAAUUUAAUUUGAGUUUUCUCAAAAUUACUACAUUAGAAAUGUCUAAAUAAUUUUUAUGUGGUAAUCUCAAUAUCUUUAAAAUAAUUUUAUUUAAUAUUUUUAUGUAUUUAAUCAAUAUUAAACUAAAUUAAUUUGUUAUGAUCUGUUCAUUUACAAAUUAAUGUUUUUUUUUUUAUUGUGAUGUCAAUAAUGGCGUCUUUGCGAUUUUAUUUUUAUAAUGUAUUAGUGAAUCUUAUGUUGAAUUCAAUUGAUAUCCACGUUUGAUAAGUAUUCACACUUUUCUAAGAGGUAAAAAUUAGGCGUUCUUUCACCAUCAACACGGCUAGUCUUGCUAACGACAGUAUUAAAAGCACUAUAGUCGUUUUUGACAAUAAUAAAGUAUGUUGCCAUAGAUAUUAUUUUACAUUUAAAGAACAUAUCAGAAUAACGUAUAAAAAUGUUCGUAACAAUUCCUCAGGCUGGCAAAAUAAGACAAUAAAUACAGUAUUUUUCUUAAAAUUGAAAUCGAAUAACAAAAUACUCUUCUGUUUGAUAUGAAAAUUCAUACAUAAAUGUUAACCACAAAAAAAUAAUCUUACUUGGAGAUUUCAAAGUCAAAUACCGCGCAACGUUUUUAUAUGUUUUUACUUUGAGGUUAUUUUGAGUAGUUAUAUACUUGAUAAAAUUAUGAGAAUAGAUUUUAAAAACAUUUACGAAAUGUGUGUCCGAUUACAUAUUUCUUGUAAUACAUCUCCUCUUUAGUGUAAUGUCUAUGGCAAUUACGGAUUUAAAUAUCUUAUCCAUAGAUAAUAAAAUUCUAGCUUCAAACAUUUCUCUCUAUAUGCUGAUAUUGCAAUUUUUAUUAUAAUAUUAUUAAACCUGUAUCAGUGCCUAAGAACGGUCUCUGACAUAAGUUCUUAAAAUAAUUGAAUACCUUAAUAUUUAUGAAAUAUAGAAGUAAUAUUUGUAGAUACUGGAGAAGUUUUAAUUGUUAGUUACUUCUAUGAAUUCUGGUAUCUUUAAUUGUUUAUAAGGAGUAUUUAAGUAAUCUAGACCAGCCCCAAUGUUAUUCGAAAUCAUUAAAUUUUACCUAUAUACAGAUUAUCGAAUCAGUUUCAUAACAUUUUCAUUCUAUUACCUCAGUCUAAAAAACCGUCGCAAUGAACAUAUUUUUAAGUAAAUAUAUUGUUUUAAAUAAACUCAAUAUAAUAUGAUUCUUUGUCUAUGGUCUAAUGUAAACUUUUGUAAUCUGUACAUGGGAAUCCAGACCACAAUAUAGAUAUCAAAUUACAAAAUUUUAACUAAAAUUAUGCUAACAAUGAAAUCAUAAGCACUAUUAGCGUUUACUUAUUUUCCUUUUGUUUAGAUAAUCGGUUUUUGAAUAUAGUUUUCUUUUUUUAUCGUCAUACAGAUUAAUUAUUGUUUCCAGCAAGUUCUAUAUAGUGGUCUCAAUAUUUUUAAAACGGUUCCAAGCUUCAUAAUAUAAGCUAAUACUUUCGAUAUCUAUUAAUAAUAUUUGUAAAUUAAACAUCUAUUGUUUUAGGCCAAUUUUUAUCAUUUAAGGACUAUAUGUUACUAGUCAAAAUGUUACCAAAUAUUAGUUAAAUGUUGUAAAUAGCAUAGAUUGCAAAAUUCUAUUAUAUAAGAACAUGUUCUCGUUACAAAACUUGUAUUAUUGUCGAAGACCAAGACAGCAUCAGGUUCCUUACCUUAUAAUUAAUAAGUAAAUCAAAACAAGAUAUAAAAAUAUCUCAUAACUCUUGACUAACGUGAGCUACUUUGCGUUUUUCCUGAAAUAAAUUAGUGCCAUUUUAAAUUUUAAGGUCUUUUGUAAGUCAAAGACAGUAUUGCAAUCUAUGUCUAUGGUUAUAUAGUUAUUAAGUAGUUACAAUUUUAAUGUUGCCUAUACUUUGCCAUGUCAGUAGCAGCAGUGAGCAUGUAUAUUUAUAUAAAAUUUUUAAAAUUUUUUAUGUAUGCAAAAUGAACUAUCGUUGAAUUUUUUAGUUUGUUAUCUUGGCAGGUCCGUUAUAAAAAGAUAAACAUUUUAGUCCUAGUAUCCUGUAUGGUGUUAUGUGUUUUCAUGACAAAUAUUAUUUGUAUUGGUUACAAGUUGAUAUUUUCAAAAAUAAUGUCUUAUAACAACAAUGCAUAUAAAAAACUUUGUUAUACUUUGAAAAUAUUGAAGAAUUUAUUUUCUGUUAAGAAAUGCAAUAUAACAAUAUUUCGAGCUCAAUAUCCUUUGUAUUAUGUAUGGUUGAUUACAUUUAUAAAAUUAUAUUAAAUAGUAUACAAGUCAGUUCUAGAGGCUUUAUUCCUAAAAUAUUUUGAAAGUAAAUAUUUUAAAACAUUAAUAUUAAUUUAUAAUUUCGGUAGCUUCUGAUUCUGUUGUACACAAUCUCUCAAAUACUACUAGUAAAAUGUGUUCGUACUACCAGUAGUACUAACACAUUUUAAACAGACUUCAAAAAAGGAGGAGGUUCAGUAACAGUAUAUACAUUAUAUAUGAUUAUUUAGGUUCUCUUAAUAAUUUCUAUUGAUGAACCAAUUUUGAUGUUUAUUUUUGCAUUGGAAUUAGACAUUGUUAAGAAUUUAUUUCAUGCAAGUUGUUAUAUAUAUGAGUUUUUUUUUCUGUUUGUAAAUAAUGUUUUCUUUUUAAAUUCAGUACAUUAGAGCGAGACAACAAAUACUCUAUUGUCAAAUUCGUUUGAGAGGAGAUGUGUAUAAUAGAAUUGAAAUGUGCCAUUCUUAUCCAUUAAUCAAGAAAUUAAUAAUCUAGGACAACAUUAAAAAUAAAAUUGUGAUGUCCAGUGUUGUAAAAUUGUGUGGAUCGAUUCCUGUUUGAUCAUUUAAGGUGACUUUCCCUUUCUUAUUUAAUAAUUUGCAUUUGGUAAACUAUUUUUUGUUUCCAUUAAAUCUGUUGAGUGUUAAGAAUUUAUGUGAAAUGCACUUUCAGUACAGUUUGAUGGUAAAAUCACAAACUUAUAUCAUAGAUAUUUAUUAAAAUUCACUUUUGCAAACCUAUUAAAACUAUUCAUGUUUAUUUAUAUUAUGCUCUAAUAAAAUGGUAACUAUCUUAUUUAGCCAAGUUUUUAUAUAUAUUCAUUUUGUGGUUAAUAAAAUAAUUCUCAUGACAAGGGGAUUUUUCGUUUAUUAUAAUCAAAACAUAAAUAUGUUAUGUUUCAUCCAACUAAAGAAGUGUGUGGUUUAUUGUGAAAUAUAUUCUUAAUUUAGGUUAAUUAUCAUCAUGUUUAGUGUCUGUAUAUUGUUGACGGAGCUUUUU